AACAGCUGUGGUCAAUAUUGUACUCAAUUCACGCGUGCGAUUGAAAAACAAAAUUAAUACCGCCAAAAAACCGGCAUAUAAAUUGUGCCGUAUCAAUAAAACUUUUAAAAUUAAAAAAAAAAGAAUAAAAUUUUUUUUUGAAAUUUACAUACAUAAAUUUUGUAAGAUAAUUCAAAUAAGUUAAAUAUGAGAGGGAUUCCAGCAAAAAGAAUAAAAUAUAGUUUGGAUAUACCUCAAAGACCGAAUGUUAUUGGUACAUUACUUGUUUGUGGUCAAGGUGAAGUUGGGCAACUUGGUCUAGGAGAUGAAAAUGAGAGAAAACGACCUACUCCUGUCCAAUCAGUAAAGGAUGUUGUGGAUAUAUGUGCUGGUGGCAUGCAUAGUAUGUGUCUUACUAAAAACGGAGAUAUUUAUUCAUUUGGAUGCAAUGACGAAGGCGCUUUGGGUCACCCAACAACAGAGGAAGGUUCCGAAUUAGUCCCAGGAAAAAUUGAUUUACCAGGUAAAUCAGUAAAAAUUUCCGCGGGAGAUUCGCAUUCUGCAUGUCUAUUAGAAGAUGGUCGUGUAUUCGCAUGGGGAACAUUUCGUAAUUCUCAUGGUGCAAUGGGUUUAACUAUGAAUGGAAUAGAACGCUUACCAAUUGAAAUUCUACCAGGGGUUAAAUGUUGCGAUAUAGCAUCAGGUGCGGACCAUUUAAUAUUACUAGCAUGUGAUGGAAAAGUUUUUACAAUGGGCUCAGGAGAACAAGGGCAAUUGGGCAGAAUUUCUUUACGUUCUGCAGCUGGUGAUUCAAGACAAGGGAAAAAUGAACUCUUAAAACCAGCUCCAAUAAGUAUUAGCAAAAUUAAUCGAUGCGAUGGUAUAUGGGCAACCACUUCGUGCACAUAUUUAAGGAAAUAUGAUUCAACAGAAGUUUUUGCUUUCGGCUUAAAUAAUUAUCAUCAGUUAAGUUUAAAAUCUGCUAAAACAAAAGGCCCUCCAGAAUUAAUAAUAAAUCCAGUUGAAACAAAUUAUAAAGAUGUAAAGAAAAUUUGUGGUGGUCAACAUCAUACAUUAUUGUUAACUAACGAUGGUAAAGUUUAUGCAAUUGGUCGUCGAGAUUAUGGUAGAUUAGGGCUAGGAAACCUACAAGAUGAUGUGAAUGAACUAAAAUCUAUAGAAGCUUUUGAAAAAUUGAAAAUUAUUGAUAUUGCUUGUGGUGAAGCUCAAUCAUUUGCUAUUGCAGAAAAUGGAACUGUAUAUGCUUGGGGCAUGGGAACAAAUUUACAACUUGGUACCGGAAAUGAAGAGGAUGAGGAACAACCUGUUGCAGUCGUUAGUAAAUCAUUACAGGACAAACGAGUUAUUCGAGUCGACAGCGGUGGCCAACAUAGUUUAUUUUUAGUUUCUGACGCCAACCAUAAUAAUAACUAUCAAAAAAGUGUAGAACCAGUUGUUAAUAGUACAACCACGAACGAAGUCACUGAAAAUGCAACAGUAACAAAAGUGAAAGGUCGUAAAAGGAAGGCUCAAUAAAAAUAAUUAAAUAAUUUUUAUUAUAAGAUAAAGCGUUUUUAAAAAAAAAUUUAAAUUACUUAACUUUGCUUACUUAAAUUCCUCAUCAUUUUAAUAAUCCAUAAAAAUGUUUACGUUAAAAUUAUGCAACGUUUUUUUCCUUUUAUUGUUAAGAAUUUAUUUUGAUUUUGAAAUUUAUUAAUAAAAUAAAUAAUAUUAAAAUUUUGUUAUUCAAAAAAAAAAGAGAAAGAUAUUAAUUAAUAUAGGUAUUUGGUGAGGAUAAGAAAUAAUGUUUUCUUUUAAAAUAAUCUGACUUUUGUUUAAAAAAAAAUAUGUGAAAAACAAUUGGAAUUAGUUUUAAUAUGAAAUAUGAAUCAUUCAACCUUUUGUUAACGAUAUUAUAACUUUAUAUACCUCGUAGAAAAACUAAUUAAUUUAUUCAUUUUGUAUUAAAACCCUUUAGGUGUAUGUAGUCUUUUUGAUUGAUAAGUUUCAGUAAAUGUAAAAAAUGAUUUUAAGUAAAAUAAAAUGUAAACUCUUUGUAAGUCAAUAAAAUAUGAA